AUGAGUAGAACUCAAAGUUGUCAAAUGGUGCAAAGCAAUAAAUUAUUAGAACUAUUAAAAAAAAAGAAGAAAGCAGAGUCAUAAAACCCAAGUCUAAGUCCAAGAUAAUAAUUAUCACCUCCAAGAUUAGCAAGACUUAAAUCUCCAAAAUUAUUGGAUGUUUAGAAAUGUAUAUAACUAAAGUCUUAUUUUAAUUUAGUUGUAACAGCUGCUGUGAAACUAAAAGGAGUUUCUCAUAUAAGAACCUUAAAUAGUGAUAGGGACAAUUAUGAACUUAUAAUUACACUGAUAACUUAGGAUAAAUAGUAAAUAUUGAUUUAAUAUAGGUAUAUCGUACCGAUUGGUUUAGAUUAAACUACAACAGAUCUAUAUUAGAAGUUAAUUACAAAGAUGAGUAUGCAUGAUCCAUAAAAUUAUGAAAAGAUAGCAUAUUUUUAAUGCUAAACCUAAAAUUACAAUGUGGAUUACUAUUUAUCAUUAGAUGAUAAACCAUUGUCAGUGUUCAAUAAAGGGAGGACUCUGAAAUUGAUUCCAAUUUAUUAUAAUGAAACUAAAAGUAAUUCUUUUGAUGAUUUUAUAUUGAUAAAAUGUAUUGGAGUAGGGUAAAGAUUUUUAAUUUUUUAGAGGCUUUUCGAGAGUGUAUUUAGUAAAGUAGAAAAAGAAUGGAUAAUUCUUUGCAAUGAAAAUAAUAGAUAAAUCAUUUAUAUUAAAGAACAAUAAGGAGAGUAUGAUAAACAAUGAAAAAUGGAUAAUGAGUAAUCUGGAUAGUCAAUUUCUAACAAGAUUGCAUUGUUCAUUUGAAACUAAAUAUUAUUUAGUAUUUGUAAUGGAGUAUUUAUUAUAUUUAUAUAAUGUAGUUAUUGUCAUGGAGGUGAAUUAUUCUUUCAUCUUCGAAAGAUGGGUACAUUGAAUGAAGAAGUUGCAAAACAAUAUUUUGGAUAAUUAUGUUUAGCAAUACAUUAUCUUCAUUAAUAAAAUAUUAUAUAUAGAGAUUUGAAACCAGAAAAUAUCUUAUUAGAUAUUGAUGGUUAUAUUAAAUUAUCUGAUUUUGGUCUUUCAAAACCUAAUAUUUCUAGAGAUAAAGUAACUUAUUCUUUUUGUGGAUCUCCUGAAUAUAUGUCACCUGAGAUGGUAUCUAAAAGAGGACAUAAUUAAAUGUUAGAUUGUUAUAGUUUAGGGGCAGUAUUAUAUGAAUUCAUAUAUGGUUAUCCUCCAUAUUAUGAUUAAUAAUUGUAAAACAUUCUAAAUUCUAUUCAAUAUGAUAAAUUAGAGUUUCCUGAUUCUAUUAAAAUUAGUGAUCAACUUAAAAAUUUAUUGUUUCAUUUAUUGACUAAAGAUUAAAAUGAAAGAUUAGGAAAAAUAAAUGGUAUAGAAGAUGUUUUGAAUCAUUCAUGGCUUAAUAAUUUUAAUUAUACUGCUCUUUACAAAAAAUAAUUAAAUAUUCAUUAUAAACCUUAACCAUUAUAAACAAAUUAUAAUGUAAUUGAAUUCAGUAAAGGAGAUAGAGAAUUUUAAUAAAAGUUGUAAGAUAAUUUACAUAGAGAGAAAUAAACAAAAUUUGAUAAAGAUUUUCCUAAUUUUGAUUUUAUUUCAGAUUAAUCUAAAAAUAAAAGAGAAUAAUUUAUUGAGAAGAUAAAAUAUGCUAGUUUAAGAUCUUCACUUCGAACUAGUAUUAUUAAAAAUAAGAUUACAACUCUUUCUUUGAAUGGUAUAAAAUACUUAUUUAUUAUUAUAUUAGCUCCAUAAUUAAGUGCAGUAUGUCCAAGAUUUUAAUCAGUAAAGAAUUCCUAAAUAUCAUAAUGUUCUUCCACUCAAUCUUUCAGAAAUUCAUCAUCCAGUAAGAGAUUCAACACUGAAUACGACCUUUAGAAAUUACUUAAAUUAAAAUAAUGA